AUGGGGAAUAACACCAACGACGGAUGGGAGUGGAAGCUAUCUUGGAGGACGGCUCUUUUUGAUAGUGAAAUUCAAAUGGCAGAUAAUUUCCUUGGAGAACUAUCACAGCAGCAGAUUCAGCCAAAUAGGGAGGAUAGGUGCAGCUGGAAGCAUGAUCAAACUGGAUACUACUCAACAAAAAGCGGAUAUGACUUGAUAUGGGAAGCACAGAUGGGAGCUAAUCAGAAUUUGGACUUUGUGGACAUUUGGAAGCUCAAAAUACCAACCCUCAUUCCAAAGAUUAAUGACCCUCAAUCUUUCAAUGAUUAUAGACCCAUCUCCCUUAUAGGGUGUGUCUAUAAAAUUGUGGCAAGAGUUUUGGCCAAGAGGCUAGCUGCUGUAUUACCUCACCUUAUAGAUGAAAGGCAGACGGCUUUUAUGAAGGGGAGACACAUUCUUCAUGGUGUUUUAAUUGCCAAUGAGACUAUAGCUGAGGCCAAAUCUAGAAGUAAACCUUGCAUGGUCUUCAAAGCCGACUUUGAAAAUGCAUAUGACUCGGUUUCUUGGGGUUUUCUUGACUACAUGCUUAAAAGGAUGGGAUUUUGUGAAAGCUGGAGGAAAUGGAUAAAUGGUUGUCUAAAUACUGCAACUAUAUCCAUUUUAAUUAAUGGGAGUCCAUCUAAGGAGUUUACUCCUAAGAGAGGUCUAAGGCAAGGUGAUCCCCUUGCACCUUUUCUCUUCAACAUUGUAGCGGAAGGUCUCACAGGCUUCAUGAGGUCAGCUGUGUCCAAGAACCUAUUCAGAAGCUACCUAGUGGGAUCUUUAAAAGAAGAGGUGAACAUCCUCCAAUAUGCUGAUGAUACUUUGUUUUUUGGAGAUGCUACUAAGCAAAAUGUGAGAACCUUAAAAUGUGUUCUGAGGUGCUUUGAGGAAGCAUCUGGUCUCAAGAUAAAUUACUCUAAAAGCCACUUUGGUUGUUUGGGUAAAUCAGCAAGUUGGUGCAGGGAAGCUGCCCAAUUCCUUAAUUGCAGUACUUUGGAAUUUCCUUUUACUUAUCUUGGAAUUCCAGUUGGGGUGUCCUCUAAGAGCUGGAUCGUGUUGCAGCCUAUUGUAAGGAAGUUUGAAGUCAAACUUGCAAAAUGGAAGCAAAGAACUCUAUCAAUGGGGGGCAGAAUCACUCUUAUUAAUUCUGUCCUCUCAGCCUUACCUAUCUACCUUCUAUCCUUCUUUAGGAUCCCCAAAAAAGUGGUGCAAAAAAUUGUCUCCAUCCAGAGAAAUUUUUUGUGGGGAAGUCACCAAGAGGCCAGCAAGAUUCCUUGGGUGAAGUGGGACAAAGUUUGUCUUCCUAAGAACAAAGGGGGUCUAGGGAUUAAAGACUUAUCUUUAUUUAAUGCGGCCUUACUUGGCAAAUGGGGGUGGCAGCUGGCUAACAAUCAAGACCAGCCUUGGUCUAGAAUUUUAAUCUCUAAGUAUGGUGGGUGGAAGGAGUUGAUUUGUGGUGGAAGGAGGAAUUUCACUUCCCAAUGGUGGCAGGAUUUGAAGAGUAUCUUCCAGCAGCAUCACAAUGAAUGCUUAACUGAUAAUUUAAAAUGGAGAGUGGGAAGGGGGUCCAGCAUCAAUUUCUGGAAGCAUAAAUGGAUGGAGGACAACUGUACUCUCCAAGGAAAAUAUCCCCAGUUAUAUUUAAUAAGUAAACAGCAGAAUUCAUCAAUCAAUUCUAUGGGAGAUUUUAUGGAGGGUAGGUGGGAAUGGAAGUUAUCAUGGAGAAGGAAUUUUUUUGAUCAUGAAAUUCAAUUGGCAGCUGAUUUCCUAGUUGAGAUCGAUUCUGUUCACAUUCACCAAUCCAGCAGAGAUUUCCUUUGGUGGAAGCCAGACACUAAUGGAGUUUUUUCAACAAAUUUUGCCUACAAAGUGUUGCAGGAGGCUCACCAUAGUGAUAGUGAAGACAAUGUUCUUAACAUUAUGUGGAAAUUGAAAAUUCCCCCAAAAGUGAGUGCUUUUUCUUGGAGACUUUUCAAGAAUAGACUUCCUACUAGGGACAAUCUUAGAAAGACACAGGUCACACUGCCUUCUUAUAGCUGUCCUUUAUGUGACCAUGAAGAAGAAUCGAUUUAUCAUCUUAUGUUCAACUGUGAAAAGACUAGGAGUCUUUGGUGGGAGACAAUGAGAUGGGUUAAUAGAGUGGGUUCCUAUUCCAUAGAUCCAAAGAAUCAUUUUUUACAAUUCACCCAGUGGAAUAGCAAAGAUAGUACCAACAAAAGAUGGGAAUUUUUGUGGCUAGCCCUGUCCUUCUCCAUUUGGUACCAUAGAAAUGCCAAGAUAUUCAAGAACCAGCCGUUCACUCCUGGAAAGAUCAUGGAUGAUGCCUUGUUCCACACCUGGUCCUGGAUUAAAUGUGUGGAGAAGGACUUCCAAAUGCACUUUAAUUUCUGGUCAACCAAUCUAAAGGAUGUUCUUUCUUAA